AGGAAAGGAGCCAGUGCUCUCAGCAGUCCCCGAGGAACCGCAGCGCCCCGAGGGCUCUUCUGCCUAAAGUCUGAGCGCUAAGAAGGCAUGCAAGACUUACUCACGCCAAGAUGAAGAAUGCAUUUGAUUAAAAAACAGCAACAACAACAACAACAAAAAAACAACCAUCGGUUAAGAUUUUUUUUUUUAAUCUUCUACGACUGCGUGAACAAGAACUUGGAUCGUAAAUAGAAAUCGCGACACUUCGCCUUACGACGACGAAAACACACACCAGACAAGACAAUCGAAGUAAGAUAUCACCACAUCUGAGUUCAAGACCUGUUUCGUUAUCUCCGAGACGUUUAUCUGUAAAAAUCACUUUCCUCGCGCGUCUUAUCUGGGACAGACUACGUAGAGAGGAGGACAUCAUGCGGGACCGACAGCAGUAUUUUUCACCUAGUUGAACCACGGUGUUCAGCACUAAUUUUGGAUUAUUGAUCCACGGACUAAGACGUCUGCUUGUGUGGACUCGGGUGUUCGUGCGGUUGUAAUCUUCGUCCCGGUUCCGAAGCGGAACUCAACCGCGUUGAACUGGAAAGCUCCAUGCAUUCAAAAAGGGAGAGGAGAGGAGCGCUGUCCUGUGCUGGAUGGAUGGGUAUGGGGAAGGGAGCAGGACCUUCGGCGCUACAAGUCGGCAAGAUCCUCCUAGUGCUUCACUGUUUCUUUCCAGCGAUCACUCUGCAGUGUAAGAUUCUCAAGUGCAACUCUGAGUUCUGGGCCUCCACCCCCAGCUCGGGCCCCAAGGAGGAGUUCUGCACUGCCCUGCGAGCCUACAACAGCUGUGUCCGGCGCACAGCCCGCACCUGCCGUGGUGACCUGGCAUACCACUCGGCCCAGCAUGGCAUCGAGGAUCUCAUGACACAGCACAACUGCUCCAAGGAAGGCCCUACCACACAGCCUCGUGCCCGCACACCCCCACCACAAGCUCUACCCCUGCCGCCCCAGCCAGACACCCACGUGCCCUCGGAUGGCCCCGAGGUGUGCCACUAUGAGCGGAGCCUCCCACGCCACACCGCACCGCCCAACUACACCCACUGUGGCUUCUUUGGGGACCCACACCUACGCACAUUCAGUGACAACUUCCAGACCUGCAAGGUGGAAGGUGCCUGGCCACUCAUUCACAACAAGUACUUGUCCGUGCAGGUGACCAACACUCCGGUCCUGCCUGGCUCAGCUGCUACCGCCACUAGCAAGCUGACAAUCAUCUUCAAGAACUUCCAAGAGUGUGUGGACCAGAAGAUGUACCACGCAGAGACAGACGAGCUCCCGGCGGCAUUCGCUGAUGGCUCAAAGAACGGUGGCGAACGUCAUGGGGCCAACACACUGCGUGUGGUGGAGAGGGUCCCAGGGCAGCAUGUGGAGAUCCAGGCCCGCUACAUUGGCACCACCAUCGUGGUGCGGCAGGUGGGCCGCUACCUCACAUUCGCCGUGCGGAUGCCCGAGGAGGUGGUGAAUUCAGUGGAGGACCAGGAGAACCAGGAGAACCAGGACCUCUACCUGUGUCUGCAUGGCUGCCCUGCCAACCAGCGCAUCGACUUCAGGACCUUCCGAGGGCGGGUUGUCGAGAGUCAGGGCCCGGGCCGGGCCAGGCCGGGGGUGGCGGCCCAUGGCUUCACCUACCAGUCGGCCAUGGCCAUGUGUAAAGAGCGCCUCCCAGUGGAGGACCUGUACUUCCAGUCUUGCGUCUUCGACCUGCUCUCCUCUGGAGACAUCAACUUUACCCUCGCGGCCUACUAUGCCUUCGAGGACGUCAAAAUGCUGCACUCCAACAAAGAGAAACACCACCUUUUUGAAAGAGAUACGGGCAUGUUUAACACAGCCUCCAGGCGAUCUAGCGUCAUCUUGUUUAUGCUCCUUAACCUUAUUGCUGUGUCUUUUUGGACUGAGUUGUGCUGUUUGUGCCUGUAGUUCUGCGUAGGUGCCAUUGUCGUAUUGUGACGGUCGUCAUAAAGCUUCGUGUCUGCCAAGCGUAGCUUUCGCCAUUGUCGCAUCCAAUCUUAGCAGAGGCGGAGCCCAUUCACCCUGGGCUUUUGGUCUUAUGCGAGUCAUCACACCCGCCCCAGCCAUGGACUCAUCUGUUUGUCGUUGUCGAACGGACCUCCGCUGAGCAGCACGGGGGCAGAUGUGCCCCUGUGCGCACUGCCACGCUCCUCCUGCCGCUUGCAGGCUGGAGAGGAUGGUGGCACCAAACUGUGGAAGGGAGGCUCUGAACUGGAUUAGACCCUGCCUGCCCCCUCCCCUCUCAGACCUUGUUCCCACCGAAGUGAAACACCUUUGAGAAGGGUAGGGAGGAUGUUCCGCUUGCAGAGAGAAGAGCUCUGGAGCUCUGUCCUGCUCUCCAGUGCCAAGACGAGAGGCCUAGCAUGUGUCUUCUGGAACAAGAGCGCGAGAUAUGACAGGAGCUUUUAUUAACCUCUGCUGAAGGAGGGAGCCUUGCAGGAGCUUCUCGCCUUUGAUGAGGUUCCAGCUUUGGAAAAUUCGCGGUCUUUUUCUGGAAGAAGCCCCCAGCCAAAGUCAUGUCAUAUCAGUGAGCCAUGUUGUCUGCAUCGGGAUUAAUAGGCCAUAACGGCAGGCCUUUCUUGUACGAUGUGUGUAAGAGACUGUGCGUCGCACACGUGGGUGUGUUGCUGAAAUGUUUUGUGCAUUUGUGUGCAUGUGUAUGUGCGUGUGUGUGUUCUCGAGGGCUGUAGGAGUUAAGAGAAAUAUUUCCGAACGUGUUUAUAUUGCACCCAGGGUUCUAAUUUAGCUCUGGCGUGGUGGUCCAUGGGUCAGUAAAGAGAUUUUCUGCCUGCCAAAAGUGCUCUCCUGCAUGAAUUGGCAGGCAGGUUGGAAAAGAAAUUCCCCAUUUCAGUCUCUAUGUGUCAGUCAUGCUGUCCUGUAUAUUUUCAACACACCCACACUGCUUACACAUACAUCUCUGGAAACAUGUUAUAUAUUAAUAUUGGUUGUCCAGGUUCAUUUGGACUGUACAGCCCAGAAUUGAUUUGAGGGCACAUACAGAACAAGUAUCUUAAACUUUGUGUUUACUAAGUAAAUGUCAUUGUUUAGAUGAGAGAGCUUGUAGUCCAAGCCAUACAACUUGUGCGGGAGAAGAGUACCUUGUAUUCAACACAUGUACUUCCAAGAAAAUACAGUAAUAGUUAAGUCAGUUAGCAAGACAGUAGCCACAAGUACAUAGCCGAGGAGGAGCGGCUAAGAGGCUGAUUUUUGGCAAAAAGAAAAGGACUUGCAACGUCCACCAGGCCGAUCCAUCGGUCAUCUUGACUGCUUCUUGAAGAAUAAAGUCUCGCUGUCCGUUUCAAAAGGGUGUAGACUUGGUUGCAUGGUAUUCUCUUUUUGACUCGUAACUCUGUGGAUCUGUGAAUUUAUGGUGGAGGUCUUUUGCCAAUGAAUGAGCCGUGGUGCCAGUGAUUUCCCCGAACAGCUGAGCUCUCCUCUGCCUCUCUCAUGGGACAUUUUGUGGUUCGCUCAACUAUUUGGGUUCAGACCAGAAAUCCUGGUUGCGUAUAAUACUGGAAGGUGCUGCUAAAGCAGAGCGAGCCAAAUGAACAUUUCCAAUGCAGGGGCACACUGAGACACACCACAUGCAUUUCUCAAUUUCUGAACAUGGAUUAGGGUGGGGAAGGGAGUAUCUUCUCACCUGUUGGUAGGCUUUUUGCAAGCAAUCACAUAGAAGCAUACACAAAACGCACACCCAGUCACUGCUUUUCCUACAGAUUUUUUGAAAAUUGGAUUACAUGUUCCAGACUUCAUUGUCUUUCUCUAUAGGCUGAAAGGUGGUGGUUGUUGUUAUAACAGAGAUUUGGCAGAGAUUUGAAACAGAUAUUAAGAAAUGGCACCUCACAGGUGUAAAGGUUAUUUCGGACGUUUUAAACCAGAUUUCAUCAGCAUGCAAGACUAAGAUAAUGUCACCUCUAAGUCUCACACUUGGUGACUUUACAAUACAGAGUGGCUCUUAAGCCAACACCUGGAGUUCAAAGGUUGUGUAAGAAAUGAUUCGCAAAAGGAUCCUUUUUUUCUGACCUACAUCCAAAGUGCAUUUCCACUGAAACAGCCAUUACAUCUAACAACUGAAUGUGUUUGUUAACAGUGUUCUGAGUUUUAAGAGUGACCUAAAAAAAACAAAAACCUAAUUAAUUAAACAUUGGAAUCGUUUGAGUAAUUUAUUUCUACACUGUAAGCUUCGACAGGCCUUAACUACUGCUCUGGAAGCCUGUAACAGUGCCCCUUGUUCAUUAGUCUCAAACAAAAUUGAAUUGUCAAAUCUUGUGUGGUUAGUGUUGCCAGUACUCUUUGAAUCUAACAGUGUAAUGUGAGUUGUAGAUAUGUUUGUGAGUUAUUGAGUUUGCAGAUGAUAAUGUAUUUGUGUUUGAAAUCUUAUAUAUAUAUAUAUAUAUAUUUUUUUUUUUUUUUGGAUGAGUGGGAUCAGUGAAUGUUACCUUUUAAUAUAAAGGGAUGUUGUGUACAUGAAUACCUCAAACACCACAAAUAUUAGUGGAUCUCAAAACUCCUAAUUGUUCUAGAAGACAAAAGGAAGGUUAUUCAAUCAAAUGCAAACAGUAGUUUAGGAAGUAAAAGAUGCAGUUUUGUGGUGUUUGUGUUGAUUACAAAAGCACUUUAUGUUUUUUUUUUUUUUUUUGUCUAAUUCUAAUUUGGUUGAACUUGAUUGUAAAUAGACAACACAUUUGUAAUAUUAGAUAUGAAAAACAAACAAAAAAUGAAAACUCUGAUAUGUACUGACAGUGAAUGGAAUGAGCCAGACAGAUCAAACUGGUUUUGUAUGUAGGAUUAAAAUGGUGCCACACUCCACCUGUAUAUAUUGUAAAUUAUUUAUUGAACAAAAAAAUAAAAGUGUCUUGUUGAGUUGUUUUGGA